AUUAGACGCGGUGUAAAACGCAACGCUCUCCCGAGCGCGCCGCUCCCUUUGCUUCAGGUUGAAUCAGCGGUCGUGCUGCUGAUGGUCUCGGAAGACGGGGCAGGCAAGGUCUGCGCGGUGUGGCUGGCUAGGGGAGGAUAGGCAGAGGGAGGGAGAGAGAGAGACAGUUCGCAAAUGGUUAAGCCACGGGUGCGGAGCACCGAUCCGUCUUGCCGGGCGGGCUAGCGUGUGACUAUGUAGACCACUGGCGUUGGCUGCACCCAGAGACUCCGAGAUUUGGACGGGAGAGAGACUGGAUCGUGGUUGUUGAAGGCGCCGCUGUUUGCUUUGAAUGUGAUGUUCCCUGUGCUUCAAUCGCUGGAGUAUCGGUGCUGAUGCUGAGCGCCCUCUCUCACUCUCUGCAACUCCGCACCCGUGCUAUUUCAUCGCCCGGGAUCGCUCGGCGCUGCCUGCCAUCUCUCGCUCACCCUCCGCACCUAUAGAAAAGUUUCACCCGUGUGUGUGUGUGUGGCGUGGACAUCCUUGUCACAGAGAGAGAGGAAAAACGAGGGAGAGAGAACCGCAGUUGCUUCAACAGGCGCCUUGCCUUGCAUUGCAUCGGGGAUUCUUAUCACAAACGCUCGCCGCUGCCUGGAAACGCACUUUUACUGCUAAACUGAGGGAUUUCCUUUUUCCACUCCGCUUUCUUGUUUUGCUUCUCAAUUUCCAUUUUAUUUUGCAAGCCUCUUUUUCUCCAGUGACUGGCUCAGUUUCAAGACGAGAGCAUUUGAAGUUAUCUUUCCUCACUCAGCCGAUUGGCGUUGCCGGCUCCGUCUGAAAUCGGAUUAUAACCAGAUUGUUUUUUUGUGUUCGUUGGUGUUGCCAAUAUUUGUUUAAAAACACACAAGAGGGUGGAGGAGGUCUGUGUGACUCUUUUUCCUGGCCCUUUUUUUUCUUCUGGGCAGCGGAUAAAAACAAAAUCCUGGAAGGUUUUGCGUUGCCAAUCAAUCGGAUUGCAGAGAGAGAGCGAGAGAGACGAGAGGGAAAGGAAUAUAGAAGGGGAUUUAGUGGGAGAGAAGGUUCCCGCUUAUAUACGCUUCCCCUUCCCUCUCUCUUCCACUCGCGUUUCUGCUCCCGGAAUUAAAGACAGCGGCCACCGAUUGAGAGAGGACGGCGGUCGGGAAUCCGGGAGAAUAACGACCUGAAGGGGGUGGCGAUGGAAGUUUACCCGGUGAUCUUGUUCGUGGCGGCGACCUGGUGCCUUCACUGCACGGUAGUUGUGACUGCGGAUUCCAUCAUUCACAUAGGGGCAAUUUUUGAUGAAACGGCCAAAAGGGACGAUGAAGUAUUUCGACUGGCUGUUACUGACCUCAACACCGAUGAAGAAAUUCUUCAGACAGAAAAAAUUACAUUUUCCGUCACAUUUGUGGACAGCAACAAUCCUUUCCAAGUUGUGCAGGAAGCAUGCGACUUGAUGAAUCAGGGCAUACUGGCCCUCGUCAGCUCAGUCGGGUGCAUGUCGGCAGGGUCUCUGCAGUCCCUGGCGGAUGCCAUGCACAUCCCACACCUCUACAUACAAAGGACGACUUCUGGAUCACCGAGGAGUGGCUGUGGCCCCACCAGGACCAACAGGAAUGAGAACUACACCCUCUAUAUCCGUCCGCCCGUCUACCUGAACGAAGUCAUCCUCAAGGUCAUCUCUGAGUUCGCCUGGCAGAAGUUCAUAAUUUUCUAUGAUAGUGAUUAUGAUAUCCGUGGGAUUCAGGAUUUUCUGGACAAAGCCUCCCAGCAGGGAAUGGACGUUGCCCUGCAGAAGGUGGAGAGCAACAUCAACAGGAUGAUCAGCACCAUGUUUGCCACGAUGCGUUUGGAAGAGAUGAAUAGGUAUCGCGACACCCUACGACGCGCUAUACUCUUCCUGAGCCCACAGACUGCAAAGGCCUUCGUCUCUCAGGUCGUCGACUCCAAUCUCAUCGCUUUUGACUGUCACUGGAUCUUCAUAAAUGAGGAAAUGAGUGAUGCUGAUGUUGAAGAUUUGGUGAGACGGUCGAUUGGCAGGUUGACGAUCGUUCGACAGACCUUUCCCUAUGCUUUAAAUGGCACUCAAACUUGUUUCCGUGGUAAGCACAGAAUCUCUCCAUUACUGUGCGACCCCAAGGACCCUUACAAGCAGAAAAUGGAGAUUACCAACCUCUACAUCUAUGACACCAUUAUUCUACUGGCUCAUGCCUUUCACAAGAAGCUGGAGGACCGGAAGUGGCACAGUAUGGCCAGUUUGACGUGCAUCAGGAAGAACUCAAAGCCUUGGCAAGGUGGACGCUCCAUGUUGGAUACCAUCAAGCAGGGUGGAGUCAAUGGAAUGACUGGCUUUCUGCAAUUUAAAGAUGACGGUGGAAAUCCAAACGUGGAAUUUGAAAUUCUGGGAACGAGUUAUGGAGAGGACUUGGGAAGAGGAAUCCGCAAGCUUGGCACUUGGAGCCCGGACUCUGGGUUGAAUGGAUCACUGAUGGAUAAAAAGCUGGAAAACAAUAUGCGGGGUGUGAUGCUCCGUGUUGUAACGCUACCGGAGGAACCUUUUGUUAUGGUAUCCGAAAACAUUCUUGGAAGAACAAAGAAAUAUUAUGGUUUUUCUAUCGAUGUCCUGGAUGCCUUGUCAAGUUACCUGGGUUUCAAAUAUGAAAUCUACGUGGCCCCUGAUCAAAAGUUCGGCAGUCAGCAGCCUGACGGAAACUGGAAUGGGCUGAUCGGUGAACUCGCCUUCAAGCGAGCAGACGUGGGAAUCUCAGCCUUGACCAUAACUCCAGAGCGGGAGAGCGUGGUGGACUUCACCACCCGAUACAUGGAUUAUUCAGUUGGUUUCCUGCUGAAGAAGGUGGAAAAGUCCGUCGACAUGUUUGCCUGCCUGGCACCCUUUGACAUCUCUCUCUGGGCAUGCAUUGCUGGCACGGUGAUACUGGUGGGACUACUGGUGUACCUGCUCAACUGGCUCAACCCACCCAGGCUCCAGAUGGGCUCCGUCACAUCCACCACCUUGUACAACUCAAUGUGGUUCGUCUACGGCUCCUUUGUCCAACAAGGUGGCGAAGUUCCUUACACCACCUUAGCCACUCGGAUGAUGAUGGGAGUUUGGUGGCUCUUUGCACUGAUCGUCAUAUCCUCGUACACAGCAAACCUGGCGGCAUUCCUCACCAUCAACCGCAUUGAGAACUCCAUCCAGUCCCUGCAGGAUCUCUCAAAGCAAACAGACAUCCCUUACGGCACAGUGAUGGAGUCGGCUGUGUAUGAGCAUGUCCGAGUGAAAGGAAUGAACCCCUUUGAGAGAGAUAACAUGUACGCCCAAAUGUGGAGGAUGAUCAACAGAAGCAACGGGACCGAAACCUCGGUGAAGGAUUCUCAGGAAGGCAUUGAGAGGGUGAAAGCUGGAAAUUAUGCCUUUGUGUGGGAUGUGGCGGUGUUGGAAUACAUUGCCUUGAACAGUCCGGACUGCUCUUUGUUCACCGUUGGCAACACACUGGCAGACCGAGGAUACGGUAUCGCCCUCCAACAUGGCAGCCCCUACAGAGAUAUCUUUUCCCAAAGGAUCCUAGAGCUUCUACAACACGGAGACCUUGACAUCCUGAAGCACAAGUGGUGGCCAAAGACGGCGCAGUGUGACAUCUCCACCCCAUCCAGGGCUCAGCAGAAGGGCAGUGCGCUCGAUCUGGCCAGCUUUGCUGGGGUCUUCUGCGUACUGGCUGCCGGGAUCAUCCUGGCCUGCCUCAUCGCCAUCGUGGAAAACUGGUGGAACAGGCGUAAGGGAUCGCGGGCCCCAUCCAAGGAGCCGUUUCUACACAGUGGGAUGGAGAACAAGGUGUACAAUUUGGACGAUAAGGAGAUCGACCUGGAGCACCUGCAUAGGAGAGUGAACAGCCUCUGCACUGACGACGACAGCCCCCACAAGCAGUACUCUGCCUCAUCCAUCGACCUGACCCCUCUGGAGGUCGACACCAUCCCUACGCGGCAGGCCCUCGAGCAGAUCAGCGACUUCAGGAACACGCAUAUCACCACCACCACCUUCAUACCGGAGCAGAUUCAGACUAUAAGCCGCAGCCUCUCAGCGAAAGCCGCCUCCGGCUUCUCGUUCGGUCCAAUGCCCGACCACCGAACUGGCCCCUUCCGAAGCAGGGCACCCAACGGUGGCUUCUUCAGAAGUCCCAUUAAGACCAUGUCCUCAAUCCCCUACCAGCCAACUCCAUCAUCUGUGUACAACCUCAACAAUGACCCCGACAGAGGCACCUCUAUUUGAGCACCGCAGUUCAAGCCCUUUCUCCUUCCAACCAGGGACUUGGUUUGUGAGACCAUAAAUCCGUGGUAGGACUAACCUGAACAUACUUUCUCUUUGUAAGAAACAAAAAAAAAAAACGACGGCCAGGAUCUUAGUUACAGCUUACUCAGAUAUAAUCGCAAUAACUCCAGCCUGUUUGAAGCAAGUAUGUUUUAUUUCUGCUGCAUCUGGAUUCAACGCUUUAGCUGGUGACAGUUUCCAUGUGGUAACCCAUUAAAGGACCCAAUAGCACGACUUGCUAUUAAAAGUAACAAACAUUCAGGCCACAAACACCAGAAUGCUACAUCUUAAACGGUUGCUUAUAUAUGAAGCCGUCAUGUGCUUGUAGAGAUAUUUCUGGCAUAACGUUUAAAAGAAGGAAAUAAACUUAACGUGCGUGUGUGA